GUACCAAACGUACAGGGUAAACUCCAAUUUUUAUGGUUCCAUAGCUCAGCAUUUGUAGCAUGAAAUACUUCAACAACACCGAUAAACAAAGCAGAAGUUUUGCCAUAGCCAUAGUCCAUAGCCAUAGGCUUUAGCCUUUAGCCGUUUAUGCUCUCGGUCGGUGGGUCGGUCUCGCUCGCCGAUUCGCUCCUCCGUACGGCCCGUCGUCCGUACGUGACAUCUCUCUUCCUUUUUGCCUUCGCCGAACCAGCCUUCAUGGAAGUGAAAUGUGCAAUAUUUAUCAGUUCACUCAAUUUAGGAAGAGAGAAAUGAUGUAGGCGUCCAAGAAGUGAACUUGUGUGAACAGCAUCGCCUUGUCGUCUUGUCCUAUGGUCUUGUCCGCGGCGUGUUUCCUGGGAUGGCCGCCCCCAUACAUCAGAACGGCAGCGUACCUGUUGCCUCGUCCUGCUUGCCCGAAAUUGAACAGAUAAUCAGAAAGUUGGAACAUGGAACUUCACUCAUCAAAUUUUACCAGAAAGGCAGGCCAGAAAAAAGGACGUUUUCGAUCAAGUUGGAAACUAGACAAGUGAUAUGGUGGAGACCUGUGACAGGCAGGAGCAUCGAAGAAGGAGCUGUAGAUCUACGUGAAGUCAAAGAAGUUCGUUUAGGACGCUCUUCAAAGAUGUUUGACCGCUGGCCAGAAGAUGCACGGAAAUGGGACCCAGCCCAGUGCUUUGUUGUAUUUUAUGGUAACACAUUCAGGCUCAAGACACUGUCGUGUGUCGCCACCUCGGCCAAGGACUGUGAGCAGUGGAUCCGUGGUAUUCGGCACUUAACUUCUGACACAUUAGCAUCCCCAUACCCUCUACAAGUGGAGCGCUGGCUACGAAAAGAGUUCUAUGGGAUGCAGAAUUUGCGGAAUGUGAUAACCUUAAAAGACCUCAAAGCGUUUUUCCCAAGAGUCAAUUGCAAGUUGUCAACAAACAAGCUCAAAGAACAUUUCCAGGAGGUUGAUACUAAGCGUGCUGGUGAGAUCGGCUUCGAAGGAUUUGCUUCAUUAUACCACAACCUGAUGUAUGAUGAAAAGCUUUUCUCAGAUUAUUUCAAGGCGUAUUCUGCAGAUGGGAGUAAAGUGACCUUACAAGCCUUUCAAAAAUUCCUUGCACAAGAACAAAAGGAUCCCCUGUGCGAGGACGAGAGGGGUGUAAGCAAGUUCAUGCGUGACUACCUCCAAGAUCCACUCCGGGAUGCACAAGAGCCAUUUUUUGAAGUCCCUGAGUUCUUAGACUUCUUGUUCUCAAAACAAAACCAAGUCUGGGACAGUAAGCAUGACCAAGUGAACCAAAACAUGACACUGCCUCUCACGCAUUACUGGGUUGCUUCUUCACACAACACGUACCUCACUGGAGAUCAGGUCAAGAGUGAAUCCUCUACUGAAGCAUAUGCGAGGUGUUUAAGAAUGAGUUGCCGUUGUAUUGAAUUGGACUGCUGGGAUGGCGCCGAUGGGAUGCCCUAUGUUUACCAUGGCCACACAUUGACAACAAAAAUUCGCUUUAUUGAUGUAAUCAAGGCCAUCAAAGAGCAUGCAUUUGUUACCUCAGAGUAUCCAGUCAUCCUCUCUAUUGAGAACCACUGUACAUUACCACAGCAGAGAAAAAUGGCUAACCUCUUUCAAGAAGUUUUUGGCGAAAACUUGCUGACACAACCUAUUGAACGAGACGCAUCAAAAAUGCCAUCACCUGAACAACUGAAGAGGAAGAUCAUAAUCAAGCACAAGAAGCUACCUGAUGGCACAGAUGAGAAGAUGGUAGUCGUACGAAAUGAUGAACCCGGGCAAGACACAGAUGUCAGUAAUGCACUGAAAAAUGGCAUAUUAUAUUUGGAAGAUCCUGUUGACAAGGAAUGGAGACCACACUUCUUUAUGCUGACGCAGAACAGGAUGUACUAUGCUGAAGAGCAGCAGAUGCAAGAUGAUGAAGAAGAAGGAGAAGGAGAAACAUCGUCUUUACAACAGCAGAGAGAGGGUGUUCCUAAUGAAGAGCUCCACUUUGGAGAGAAAUGGUUUCAUGGAAAAUUGGCAGGAGGCAGACUAAAAGCACAAGAACUGCUUCAACAGCAUGCCCACUUGGGUGAUGGCACCUUCUUAGUUCGUGAAAGUGACACCUUUGUCGGCGAUUACUCACUGUCCUUUUGGCGCCAAGGGAAGGUGAACCACUGUCGCAUAAAGUCAAAACAGGAACGAGGCCAGACUAAGUACUAUCUGAUUGACACAGUAGCAUUCGAUACAUUGUACAGCCUCAUCAGCCACUACCAGACACAUCCGUUACGCAGCCAGGAGUUUUACAUGUACCUGAGUGAGCCAGUGCCCCAGCCUAAUAAACACGAAGGCAAAGAGUGGUACCAUCCUAACAUCACACGGAUCCAGUCUGAAGAGCUUCUGAAGAGGGUGAAGUACGACGGCACUUUCAUGGUUCGUCCAAGUGAAAAGGAAGAUUGUUGCUUUGCCAUAUCAUUCAGGGCUGAAAAUAAAAUCAAGCACUGCCGUAUCAAACAGGAAGGACGAUUGUUCCUUAUUGGUUCAGCACAGUUUGAGAGCCUCGUUGAACUGGUUAGCUACUAUGAAAAGCACCCGCUGUACCGGAAAGUCAAGUUAAAAUAUCCAGUGACUGAAGAUGUUAUACGGCGCAUUGGAACGGAGCCAGAAGGAAGUCCAGUUCAUGGGGCAGGGCCUGCAGGUACAUACAUGGAUCCAGACAGCUUUUCGGGUUCUUCUCACGUCACUGUGAAAGCCCUCUACGACUAUCGGGCCCAGCGGGAAGAUGAGCUAUCAUUUUGCAAGCACGCCAUAAUCACGCAUGUGGUUCGUCACGAGGGAGGCUGGUGGAGAGGCAACUAUGGUGGCAAACGUCAGCACUGGUUCCCAGCCAAUUUUGUUGAAGUUAUUGAUGCCCAAGAGAAUCCUGAAGAAGGAGGGUCUGGAGAAGCAACACCUUUAGGCACUUUGCAGAAGGGCAGCAUUGACAUUGUCGGGAGCACUGUUGACAUCCUACAGAGUUGGCCAGCACGUGGUCGUGAGUGGGUUUUUCGCAUUGUCUCUCCUACCCAGUUAAUGCCCAUUGAGAUAGCUGCACCAUCGAGAGAAGAAAUGCACGACUGGGUAUUGAAGAUUCGGGAGACAGCGCAGUCAGCGAAUGAUAUGAUUCAGCAAAGAAGGGAAAUGGAGAGAAGCUUGAGACUUGCUAAGGAACUAUCAAACCUCAUUAUUUAUUGCCGGUCUGUGCAGUUCUGCCCCGAGCGAAUAGGAAGCUUUGCAGAAAUGUCAUCUUUCCCGGAAACCAAGGUUGAGAAGUGGAUAAGUCCCCAGCAUUGCUCAUUCUUCCUCAAGUACCAUCGCCUCCAGUUCAGCCGUGUCUAUCCUAAAGGAAGUCGCAUAGAUUCCUCAAACUAUGAUCCUGUUCACCUGUGGAACUGUGGGUGCCAGAUGGUUGCUCUGAAUUAUCAGACGCCUGAUCGGCCGAUGCAAUUAAAUGAAGGCAGGUUCCUCCAAAACGGAAGGAGUGGAUAUGUUCUUCGACCCGAGUUCAUGCACGAUGAUAGCUAUGAUCCGUAUGAUCGAACCACUCUCACUAAUGUUCAUCCAAUCACACUUUCAUUAAAACUGAUAGCAGGUCGUCACCUUAUGAAGUCUGGUCGUGGUAUCGUCAGUCCAUUCGUAGAAGUUGAAAUUAUAGGAGCAGACUUUGACAACAGCAGGUACAAGACCGGAACUAUACCGGACAAUGGCUUGAACCCUGUGUGGAAUGAAGCACUCAUGUUUGAUGUAUGCAACCCAAGUCUAGCACUCCUUCGCUUUGUAGUCCAGGAUGAAGAUAUGUUUGGUGAUCCAAACUUUCUUGGUCAAGCCACCUACCCAUUGACUUGCCUUAGAACUGGUUACCGCAGCGUUCCUCUCAAGAAUGAAUAUAGUGAAGAGUUAGAAUUGGCAUCUCUGCUUAUUCAUCUUGAAAUCCAUGCGACAAAGGAAGAAGAUGAGGCGUACGUGUUCAUUCAACGGCUACGCGAUGAAAGCCGUGAACUCACACGUGCUCUAGACGAGAGUGAGCGGCUAGGUGACACACAACAGUCACAAGCCCUGAGGCAACAACUCACCACCACCCAAGAGCAGCUUCGUUCCAAGCAUGAAGAAAGGAGGACUACACUUACGUCUCUCAAUUGAGCCCUUUCCAUUUGACAAAGGUUACAACUGGAAAGUUCUCAAAAAGAAUGAGGAACAUAUAACUGUUUCCAUGAAGCUUUAGAUUUGACUUCUGGCAAACCAUAUGUACAGCUGUUCUGAUCUCCCAGAAUUCUGCAAACAAGCAUGUUCUGCAUUUGCUUACUAGACAACAUCGCCACAAUAAUGGUGUGCCGUCCUUGCAUCCCUUGUAAAUAGCAUAUAUUUUUACAAAACACAAACAAUAUGAAGGUGCAAAUGUUAUAUCCUCAAUAUGCUGAAAUACUUGUGCAGUAGACUAACCUCCAUAAGCAUUGAGCUUAGCAUUUAAAUAUGUUAGAUUAGUAGAAAAAAAUAUGAAAUCAAAAUGUAAAUUUGGCAGCCACUGCUUUAGUGUGUGUCAUAAGAUUGUGUUCAUUUUAAAUGUGUGUGUGUGUAUGUGUGUGUGUAUGCGAGCAAUUUUUUAAACUCUUCGUGGACUUGGCACUAGGCUAACUUGGGCUUUUAUCAGGGAAUGUGCAAAAAUAGAGACACGUAGGCUGAAGCACUUGCUUUAUCCAAACUGCCUUUGUAAUACAAUUCCGUGGUUUUGGAUUUUAUUUUUGACUAGGUUCAGAGCAUUAUCGUGGAGGAAAAAUUGUUUGAGAAAUCAGAUAUUGCAAAUUUUUUGGAGGGUUUGCUUGUCUUUUUCAUUUCAUUUCAUUUCAUUGCACCUGAAGGUGCCCUAAGGGGCAUUAUAUCAGGGGACAAUUUUUGGGUGUGGUGUGUCUAAAUAGUGCAGAAGAUGAUGGUUUAUAGUGACAGCUGCAAGUGGUUAUUACUAUUCCCAGUUCUCGAGUGGUCCCCUGUGAAGUAGUCUGCAUUCACACAACCCUGGAUGCCAUUUCAGUGGGUGUUGCCAACUGAAGAACAAUGAAGUGACGCCCCCACACACCCAUAGUAAAUGAUAAGUGCCGUUGGCAGGACUGCGAUUACACAAAAAUACCCAGAAGACAAAAACACACUUCUUAUUUCUUAAGGUAGUUCACAAACAAGUGAAAGGGCCAAAAGCAAAGAUUCAUUACAACUCAUUCUGGGCAUUAGAAGCCGAAGUGUGUAUAUCACCCUGCUGAGUGUAGGUUGCCUUACUACAGUGAAACCUCUCUAGUACUGACACCCACGGGACCAGGAUUCUUGUCGCUGCAGGGAGGUCUGUACAGGAGGUAUUGGAGUAAGAGCUUUAAAGCUUGCUUGCUUGGAAACCCAGCUGUAUCCAAUAGGGGGGUGUCCGUCUAGGAGAGAUGUCCGUAAUGGGAGGUUUCACUGUAUUUGGUAUUUCUAAGGUCAUGAAGGAAAUCCUUUUGAGUAUGUUUGUCACAGUAGUUAUACCUGUAUUAUAAGAUGCAACAUUGAGAGGCAUCAGAUGGCAAAUCGUUGUAGCCCUCACACUAUCAUUUGAAUUGUCUGCCAGUAGAGCAGCAGCAUUUUCAUCUGCGUUGAUGACAUCUAGACAAUUCUCACAUAUCCCCAGCAUUUAGAAAGUAUCUCAAAGAAGCUUGACUUACUUUGUUUGAAAACUCUUAUUUUAAAUGCAAAAUGAUGGAGCUAAUGGGUGCAAUACCUGUCAGAAGCAGACUCGUUAUCAAAAUGUUUGGAGAAAAUCAGUGUUCUCAUAAAUCCCAAUUAUAAUAAAAACCAUGAUGUUGAGUGUUUUAAGCAUUUUUUCCUCAUAAAUCUAAAAGCAUGGAGCCCUAAAGUGUAUGAGUGGAUACCCACUGUGCAAAGUUUUGACUUCAAGAGCAUUUCACAAAGUGUGUCAGGGUGUGUUGUGAGUACUACAUUCUGCAGUGGUUGUAGCUGGCCAGACUGAAGAGGGAAGUUGUUCAAAUGUACUGCCAUUUGUAAUACUUUAUUAUUUAGUGCAGUAAAUGGUUGCAGAACAGU